GCGUGCGAGGGAGAUCAUCACCGGCUUUGUUGCUGGUGGGUGGGAUACGAAUACCUGGGUGGCCAUCGUUGGUUUGUGAGUACUAAUAAAACACCACUUACUCGACAGUACGACGAUUUGACACACAGUGGCAUUCCACACCGGAUCCGCGUAUAUUAUAUAUGCGUGUGUAUAUAUAUAUCCCCGCAUAUGCACCACCCUCCCCCUCGCCGGUCUGCGCCUUCCGGUCCCAUGAUAGCCCAUGAUUACCCACGACAUGCCGCUCUUCCUCCCCGGUACACCAGUUUGCAGUAGCGUAUGCACCCUGCCAUGCACCGAGUGCCGUAGGAUGGGGGGUGGGACAAAGGGAUCUUGAGCUUGAGCCCUUUAUCAGGCAGAGACCGGGCGGCGUGGUGUCUUUCGUCUUUCACAUAGGAGCAAGGCUGGGGAGAAGUAUGUGGGUUUUGUUUGAUAACACUUCGUCCUGUGUGUAUAUAUGUUUGUGUAUUGAUAUAAAACACAAAUUACAUUGCUCCCCUUGGGCAGCAACUAAUCAAACGCCUUCAAAUACCUGUUCUCUGACUUAUUUCUCUCGUAUCGCACUGUCUUUUUACAUCCUUUGAUCCACCGUCCCAACGUCAUCGACGCACUUCUUUCUUGGCCUUUUCGCCGCCGUCCCCACUCUUACAGCCUUUCGGUCAUCAUUGUCAUCAUUGAUCGCCCCCCCGUCUCCGUCUCCCUUCCGUGACCCUGACUUGCGCUGUAGUAGGGGGAUACGAGUACAGACUGAGUCAACAAAGGAAGGCAAAGAAAAGAGCCUCAAUUUUCCUUCUCCGGCUGCUCACAAAACUACUUGCUGGGGAUAUUGUACGACUAGAUGGACGAGUAGGGGAUAGACACAUACCAUACCAUACCCAUCCACAGCGCGCCGCAGCCCUCAUACCUCAGCCAAAGCUGACACUCACCGGCUUUUUCUUUGUGGUCACCGUCUCUACUUUACUGAUCUGUACUAUAUUAUACAAUACAGAGAUACACAUACACAUACACAGAUAAACAUUCUCCCAAACUGCAUGCAAGUCAAAAACAGCCCUCUCACGGCUUCCUUUUUAUUUUAUUUUCCCAUAUAUAAUAAUAUAAUUCCACACGGCUUUGCUCGAGAGCCUCAAACCCCAUUUAUCUAGCAGAGUAUGGCCUCUUCUUCUCCUCAUUCUCCCUCUUGAACUUUCAGGCUCUCAUCAUCCCCGCCCGACAUCCACUCUCUUUUCUCGCCCUUUCCAUGGCCCGUGACCCCAUGAGAGCUGACGAUAAAACCAUGAUUACUAGCUCGCCUGUAGUCAAGGGAUAGAAAAUUCCUUCACCGAGGAAACUGCUCCACGAAACAAACAGUCUUCUCUUUGAGUAUACCCGCGAGCGAGCGACCGACCGGGACGCUGCAUCGCCAUCUGUGCGAUCCCACAAUCCCCAACGACCCUUCAUCUCCACCCCUCACCACCCAAACCUCUGCCCAACCUGCAGCCCUACGAGACACACCCCCCAAACCCGCACGACCCCAACAACCCGCGCACCGCCGCCGCCGCCGCCGCGUCCGCCGCAUAAAGCCAUGAGCGACCGCCGCCCACCGCGGCCUCGCUCGCCCGCCAUGUACAACCCAGCGCGCGCCUCCGCCCCCAGCAUCAAUUACGGCAAAUACAACGACCUCCACGACCUCCCCGCGCCGAUGCCGCGUCCCGCCGACCGCGGCGCCCCGCCGCCCGUCGUCACGCACUACAAGAUCGCGCCGCCGCCGUCUGAGAUCCCGCGGUCCGAUCCGCGCGAGGGUAGCAGCCACAGUCGCCGCGCCACGCUGGACUCGAAUCCGCGCCCCGUCAUCGUCACGGCCGAUGCGCGAUACCCGGGAGCCGCUCAGGGCGGGGGAGGACCUGCGAGUCCGGUGCGCGAUAAUUACCGCUCGAGUCAGGAGAAUGAUGUGUAUACGAUUCCGUCGUCGUCGACGAGGCGGGGGGAUUAUCGACGGGGGCAGUACAAUAUGUCGGUGGAUAAUGCGGAUAUAAGUGGUAGUCUGGAUAGGGAGAGUGGGAAGGACCGUCUCAUGCGUGUUGGGAGCGGGAGGGAGGGAGCUAUAUACCCCCGCUCCCGACCGAUUCACUCAGACACCUUGGUGCGCGUCCCGGACAACGUGGCGGAUUACGGGGACAAUGAUUACGGUUACACGAACCCUAGAGACCUGGUCCAGUACGACCUUGACCUCGACCGAGCCCCACGCCGCCGCCCACGCCGCGAAAGCUAUGAGGCUUCGCGCUCGAGUCGCCCUUCCAGCAUCUCGAGCUACGGCGACAUCACACGCUCCUACGAGCCCCGAGAGCGCGAGCGCGAACGCGGACCCCCGCCUUCCUCGCGCGGCUUCGACAAGAUUCCCCCACCGCGCGGCCCCGUCUACGAUGCAGGCGGAAUGCACAUGCCCAUGCCCCACGAGCACCUCUCCUCCUUCGGAGCCCCCUACGCAUCCGACUCCCAGGAGCGACGGAGCUCGACGCGCCGCCCGGUAUCUGUAUAUAACGAGGAGCCGGAGAGGAGGAAGUACGCCGCAGACGCGUACGAUAUGUCUGAAGACGAGAUGAGGGACCGGCGCCCAAGACGCACGGAUACGUUUGAUGAGGGGAUUGAGACGAGGGGGUUUGGGAUUCGGGCUGAGGUGCCGCCUGUGCCGGCGGCGCCGGUGCCGGAGAGGGUGGAUAGGAGCGAGAAGCAUGAGUAUGAGAGGGCGGAGAAACAUGAGAAGGGCGAGAGGGGCGAGAGGGAGGAGGUGGAGUAUGAGAGGCGGCAUGGACAUGAGGAGCGGAAGCAUGGGCAUGAUGACCGGAAACAUGGGAAGGAGGCUGUGGCGGCGGGGUUGAGUGUUGCGGCUGCUGCGCUGGGGUUGGGUGCGAUGAAGGGGGGGAGGGAGGAGGAGAGGGAGAGGGAGGAGAGGGAAAGGAGGAGGGGGAGGGAUAGUGAUGAGGAGCGGAGAAGACGGCGGGAGAAGGAGGAGGAGCAGGUUGAUUUGGGUGGUCGUGAUCAUGGCGAGCGCAGGAGGGAGAGGGAUAGUGACGAGGAGCGCCGACGACGCCGCGAGAAGGAGGAUGAAGCGGUAGAUUUGUCUAGCCGCGACCAUGUGGAUCGCAGGAGAGAAAGGGAUAGUGACGAGGAGCGCCGACGUCGCCGCGAGGUGAAGAACGAAGACCCCGUCGUGAACCUAACAGGCCGCGACCCCGUCGAGCGACUACCCCCCCGACCCGAAAAAGUCCCUCGCGACGACUCUGACGUAGAAUCUCGCAGGCGUCGAGAGAAGGAAAAGCCCUACCGCGAGGACAUCGAUAAAGACUACCGUCGGCGCGACGAAAAGGAGCCCACCUCCUCCGAUAAAGACCAGCCCCCACCAAUCGUCGACCUCAACGGCCGCAACCCCGUCGAGAAGCCCGUCUACAAAGAAGACCUCUCCCACCGCGAGCCCGUCAUCGAAAUCCCCGACCGGCGGAGACACAACCACCACUCUCCCUCCCCGCCGACGUCGCGCCACGACUCCCGCGCCUCCCCGCCUACAAUCGACACUUUCGCGCCGCGCUCUCGCAAGGAUAGGAUUCGCACGGAUGAAUCGAAUAUUUCGUCCCCUACGACUUUUAAUGCGAAGGAUGCGAUGGAUUUGAGAGCGUUACGAGAGGCGCUGAAUAGUAAGGAUAAAGACCCUUCCCCGCCACCCAUCCCGCCUAAGGAACCCCUGCGGGAGAAUGAGCGCGAGAGAGAGCGCGAUCGCCCAUCCCGCGAAUCGACGGACCUACCACUUCGCGACGGCGCACGGAACAGGGACAGCGCCACCGCAUCACGCGAAUCCACCGAUCUCCCCCUCCGCGACGCACCUCGGCCCCGGGAUACUGACCGAGACCGCCCCUCGCGUGAAUCUACCGACCUCCCCCCCCGCGACGCCACUCGCCGCGACCCCGACGUCCCUCGGCCCCGAGACACCGACCGAGACCGCCCCUCCCGCGAAUCCACCGACCUCCCCCCCCGUGACCCCACCCGCUCCCAAACAAGCGAACGCUUCGACCCCCGCGACCCCCGCGACCUAGCCAGCAUCCGCGCAGAACUAAGCCGCGCCUCCGCCUCCGCCUCCGCCCCUGUCCCGGCCCCCCCGGCCCCCCGCGAACGCCGCUCCAGCUCCUCCCACAGCACCGAGCGGCGCACGGGCCCCCGCCUCGUAUCCCCCCCUCGCCCAUCAUCCGGGAAAGCCGAGGAUGCGAGGCCGGUGAAGGGGAUUCUGAAGCCUGGGCGGCAGAAGUGGCCUGAGGAUCCUACGCCGAUACGGGAGGGUGUGGCGCCGUUGAAGGAUGCGAAGAGGGAUGGGGGGGUGCCGGCGGAUGCAAGGUGGACGAAGAUUAGUCGGAAGCUUGUGAAUCCGGAGGCGUUGGAGAGGGGGAGGGAGAGGUAUGAGGCGAGGGAGGAGUUUGUGAUCGUGUUGAGGGUGUUGAGUAAGGAGGAGGUGCAGGGGUAUGCGACGGAGACGCAGAGUAUUAGGGCUGCCCGCGAAGCCGAAGACGAGGACCGCGAUGACCGCCGGAGGAGGAGAAAAGAGCGCCAUGAGCGACAUCGCCGCGAACGCCAUCAUCGCGAGGAUCGUGAUGAGGGGGAGGACUAUGAUUAUGAGCGCCGGAGACAUAGGAGGGAGAGGGAGAGGGAGUAUGAGAGUCAUUCGGAGAGCGAUACUAGUGAGGAUGAGAGAGUUAGUAGGAGGAGGGAUUAAAGGGGGGUUAUACGUUAUAUGUUGUGAUCUGUGAUGUGUGAUAUGUUUUCUGAUUGAUUCGUUUAUUUGGAUGGGUUUUUGUUACAUUGCGGGGAAAUAGGGGCGGUAGCGGGGAGUCUUUUUCGCGGCGGAUACCAUGAUGCUUGCUUACUUGCUUUGCUUGCUUGCUUGUUUGCCUGGAUGAGCGAAUGCGCAGCGAUGAAUGCGAUAGAAGGGGUGUGGGUAUUAAAGCAUGAUUGCAGCGGGAUAUAGGAUAUAGGAAUAGGAUACAGGAUAUAUAUACGUUACAC